GUGGAGUAGCGAGGGUUGAACUCGGACCUCGAGAUCGAGGCCACACCCGCAAGGAGCCAUGACACGAAGACCUUCGACGUUGGCUUUGGUGUUGAGCCAUCGUGGGUGCUGUUGCCUGCUGUUGGCAUGGGUGGUUGCUUGCUCGGAAGUCGUGUCAGGGUCAGGGGCCCACACGUUCGUUGCCAAAGCUGCAGGACACAGCAGCAGUGGUUCAGCCUCGGCUCAGGCCCACUCCAGACCGUUGUACGAGGCGGCAGCAUCGGCAGGGUCAGCAACAACAGACGUAGAAGCAGCAGGCAACAGUAACACCAAACACAACCGCGCGUUUGCGUGGGCGCGACCAAGAGGGGAUAGCAGCAAUAAAAGAAGUACAGGCCGAGUGGAAGGGUCGCCGCGCGGCAGUGGGGGGUUGGGGGGCUUACUAGCGUCGUGGGGGGAAUCAACGAAGGAACCCAUCGCAAGAUGGAAAGCACGGCAUGGCAGCCUCUUCGCCCAUGAGAACGUUAACCGGAAGGCUCAGGCGGCGGCGAGAGCGGCGGGGAUGCGCCCGGAUUACAAGCUGACGUUUUGGGGCUGCAUGGUGGCGGGGGCGACAUCGCUCCACCCGGCAAACGUGAUCAAGACGCUGCUGCAGACGAAGGGGUCUUUCAGGGCGAUUCUUCCCCUGACGUGGACCACUCUCUCAAGGGGGGCGGGGGCGCAGUUCUUGCUGUCGCUGCCAAACGGGGCUUUGCAUUUCGCCGUUUUGGAGAAUACCAAAUCAAGGAUGGCCGAGAUGUUCCCACUGAAGUCAGCGUCUUUCCUGCUGGAUUUUGCUUCUUGCUCGGUAGCGACGGCUCUGUGCUCUGUCAUGAGCACACCUCAGAUGGUUUUGACCAAUAGGAUCAUGGCGGGGGUGUACCCGAACCUGUGGACAGGUGUUCGGAGCAUCAUCCAGGAGAAGGGGGCGCUCGGUUUCUACGCCGGGUGGUGGCCGGGGCUCGUGCAAAAGAUCCCCUCGUACGGGUUGACGUGGGUUUUGUUCCAGCAGGUGAAGGACUUGCACUACAGGAUGGCGAAGCGCUUGCCCUCCAAUGCGGAGAACUUCUGGCUCGGAUGCAUCGCAGCGGCGGGAUCGGUGACGAUCAUGAUCCCUAUGGACACAGUCAAGACUCGUCUGGUGACCCAGUCGAGCGCAUCGACCGUGAUGUACAGCGGGAUCUUUAACUGCUUCACGAGGAUGCUGCGGGAGGAGGGUUUAACUUCUUUUUACAAUUCGUUAUCGCCGCGCCUCGUGAGCGUCGUUCCCAUGAUCGGCGUUCAGUACCUGGUGUACGAGUUUAUGAAGCGACUUAUGGCCGAGGUCCCGGAAGCCGCGGCGCCAAUGCCGAAGAAAAAGAACGUGCUCUCGCGAACCACAGUAUUAGUAGAGGAGCUUGAAACCGUAACGGAGGGAUAGAAGCAGAUGAGACAGACUUGUGU